AGCAAACACUUGUGAUGAUGGAGCAAUCUCGUAAGUCAUCUGAAGCCGAAAAAAUUGCUCUUCAACAAGCUCACGAAGCCGUGGCUGCUAAGGAAAUUGCUGCUUCCGAGGCUGAAAAGGCAACUACUCGAGAAAAUUUCAUGCUCGAAUUAAUGAAUGAAGCCAGUGCAGAUAUGUCGGGUGCCUUUGUUGAUGCUGCUGCCGAGGAAGAGAGGGUAAAUGCUAGGACAACCCUCCUUGUUAAUCUUUCCCUGGACCAUGGUUCGUUGUUUUGGGCUACCCCAGAGAGGACCCGCCAAAUUGUCAGAUUUCAAGAUCGCGCCUCUCAAACUCGCGAUUUCCUUGACUUCUGUACCAAGACCUUGUCCAUGGUUUACAACUCCAUGUUUCCUCGGAACGUCCAACCAAAAACUCUUCCUGAAUUGAUGGAAAGGUUCAAGGAUGCUCGCAGUAUCCAUGAUUUUGUCAAAGCUCAACUAGUAGCUGGCGCCAGAUUUGCUCUUAUCAUGCUCCAAAUCUGCCACUCGAAGCUUGACCUUACCCAGGUUGUCGAGAAGGUUCACCAAAAAGUAAAACGUCGGAGAGUUGGUGUUGACAGGAUUAACACGAAGGUUACGCCUAUAGCCGAAGAAAUGAUUGAAGACCUACUUCGGAUGGAUGCCGACUUUUUUGCCGAUGGCCAUUAUGCCGAUUUUCUUGGUGCUGCUCUCGAGGAAAACAGGGUUACUCUUGAUGACAUAUUGAAUCAAGACUAGUUAGUUUCUUCUUGUAGAUAUUUUUUCUUUGUAAUCCAUGACUAUAUUGUAAAGCAAUCAUUAUAUUUCUCUGUUUGUUUAGCCCCCGAGUGUUUCGGUGACUCUUUACUAUAUUUGUAUACUUGCGAGGUUUUGAACCAAGGCAUUUAUAUAUUUAAGGCGAAUAUGAGCCCCCAAGCUUUUUAUUGAGUACUAUUUUGUAU